ACACCUCAAAUGUUUGUCACUUUGAAAACCGGAAGUGAGUAGCAACUCACCAAUUGGGUGUCAGAGCGCUGUUUGAAUCAAGAAUAUUGCCUCAUUUACAUAAAGUCACGGAGGAAGUGAUGAUGUUAAUCUUGUCGAAACUCUCCUCGGUCCUCCGUGAGGAAUCCGGUCAGGCAGGUUCAUGGCCGGUUUCAGUUAAAACUGUGGCUUCUCGACUCCACCCCACGUAGGGUUCGUCAUCCUUAAAACCAAGUCAAACACUUGGAGCUGGUUAUUCUUCAACUGAACCUACUCGUUCAAUUCUUCCGGCCUGCCUCUGCGAAACGCAAACACAAAAACCUCAUUAUGGUGUCGCUGGGCCGCCAGAUGCUGGGCUUCAUCCUGGCCAUCAUCGGAUUUUUGGGGACCAUCAUCGUGUGCGCCCUGCCAAUGUGGAAGGUGACCGCCUUCAUCGGUGCCAACAUCGUGACGGCGCAAGUGAUUUGGGAGGGUUUGUGGAUGAACUGCGUCAUGCAGAGCACGGGCCAGAUGCAGUGCAAGAUCUAUGAUUCCCUGCUGGCCCUUCCCCAGGACCUGCAGGCCGCCCGGGCCCUGGUGGUCAUCGCUAUCAUCAUAGCCGGCUUCGGGAUCAUCCUGGGGAUCGCUGGGGGAAAGUGUACCAACUUCGUGGAGGACAAGGUGGCCAAAGCCAAGGUGGCGGUCGCGGCAGGCGUGGUAUUCAUCUGCGCCGGGGUCCUGGUACUCAUCCCCGUGUGCUGGUCGGCCAACACCAUCAUUCGGGAUUUCUACAACCCAAUCUUGACCAACGCGCAGAGGAGGGACGCCACCUCAACCGCCGUCAUGCCCUCCAUGGGCAUGCAGAUGGCCGGCUGCGCCCUGGCCCUCCUGGGCUGGUUCGGCGUGCUGAUCGCGUGCGGCUCGCCCAUGUGGCGCGUCUCAGCCUUCAUCGGCAGCAACAUCGUCACGUCGCAGAUUAUGUGGGAGGGUCUGUGGAUGAGCUGCGUGGUCCAGAGCACGGGCCAAAUGCAGUGCAAGGUCUACGACUCCAUGCUGGCCCUGAGCCAGGACCUCCAAGCCGCCCGGGCCCUGGUGGUGGUCUCUAUCAUCGUAGGGGUCGCCGGUGUUCUGGUGGCCUUCGCCAGUGGAAAAUGUACCAAUUUCAUCCCGGACAAAAGGGCCAAAGCGAGGGCUUCGGUGGCCAGCGGGGUUCUUCUGAUCAUCAGCGGGUUCCUCUGCAUCAUCCCCGUGUCCUGGACUGCCAGUAUCAUCAUAAGGAACUUCUACAACCCGACUUUGGUGGACGCCCAGAAAAGAGAGCUGGGGGCUUCUCUCUACAUCGGCUGGGGUGCGGGAGGGCUUCUGCUGCUGGGAGGGGCGCUCCUGUGCGCCAGCUGCCCCCCCAAGAGGGACGAGGCACCGUCGAUGCACUACCUGAUGGACAGAUCCAUGGGAGCGUACAGCAAACCCGACUCAAUGGGCUCAGGCACGCCGACAAAAACGUACAUUUGAGACGAGUCAAGUCAAAGCUUCAAAAGGGAACAUGAAGAAAAAAAUAUAUUCCGUUACUUUAAUGUGUACAGGUGGGUGCAAAAGUAGGUGGACAGUUUUGAUUUUAAAAUGGAUAUGCUCAAAUGACUGGCCUUGAGGUCAGGUCAAAAAUAAAGAACUGUGUCAAAGUCUUACAACUGUGUACUUAGUUUUGCGUGCCUGUUGGAUGGACAGUUUACGACAUUGUCUUCUUUUAUUUCCGUGAUUUAAUGUUGUGGGAGUCAGAUGUUGCCUUGAUCGUUACAGUUUCUCAUUUUACACUGUGACCGACCAUUUCGGGUAUUGGACGCUCGAUGGCAGUUAUAACUCUUUUCCUUCUGUGAUUUACUGUGAGAACGUUGGAUGGACACUUAAGAGAUUUUACAAUAGUACCUCUGAGUGUCGAACGUUUUAUGGGCAAAUGUGACAUUUUCUCUUUGCACAAAAGACCUCUGUAACCCACUGUAUCAAGUGACAUUGGUUUCCAAGCGAUGACAUGUUCUCAUUUUACUUCUGUGACGAACUGUUCCGGGUGUCAGACACCGAAUGGACACUCAUGACGUUUCUUUGUUUUACUCCUGCCAUGAAGGAAAAAGACUUUGGAUGAAGAUGCACGUUGUCUGGCAUGCAUGCUUUGAAGACACAAAGCACCAAGCUGAUUUGUACUUCUAUUCAGUAUUUCUUAAACAUAUUAAUGUUUGUCGACGUUUCUCAUCACAGUUAAUUUAAUCUUUUGGUUCUCA